CGCUUGACUGCAGAUGAAAUGGAUGAGAAAAGGCGUCAGAAUGAGGCCUACCAAUACCUCUGUCGCUUAGAGGAAGCUAAACGCUGGAUGGAGGCCUGCUUGAAGGAGGACCUGGCGUCGCCUACUGAACUGGAGGAAAGUUUGCGGAACGGUGUCAUCCUGGCCAAACUCGGCCACUUCUUUGCUCCAGAUGUGGUUCCCCUGAAGAAGAUUUACGAUCUAGGUCAGGCACGUUUCAAGGCGUGUGGACUCCACUACCGUCACACAGACAACAUCAACUACUGGAGGGAUGCUAUGAGUCACAUUGGAUUACCAACGAUCUUCCACCCUGAGACGACAGACAUCUAUGACAAGAAAAACAUGCCUCGGGUCGUCUAUUGUAUUCACGCUCUGAGUUUAUACCUAUUUAAACUGGGGCUGGCUCCCCAGAUCCAGGAUUUGUAUGGGAAAGUGAACUUCACAGAUGAGGAAAUAAACCAUAUGAAGUGCGAGCUGGAGAAAUACGGCUUGCAGCUGCCGUCGUUCAGCAAGAUAGGGGGAAUUCUCGCUAACGAGCUCUCCGUGGAUGAAGCAGCAGUGCACGCUGCAGUACUUGCUAUCAACGAAGCGGUGGAGGCAGGGAUUGUGGCGCAAACCAUGAUGGCCCUACACAACCCCAGUGCCAUGCUGUGCAACCUUCGGGACAACUUCGCUGCGGUCUAUCAGGAGGUGCUCUAUCGGGCCAAGGUGGACAAGGCCAGCAAUGCGAAGAACCGGAACUUGAAAGGGAUUCCCGAAGGCGAAGACAUUUAUGAUCGGUGUCUAACGCAGGCUGAGAUACAAGGCAACAUCAACAAAGUUAACGUGAAAGGUGCUCUAGAGUUGGUGGAUGACACCCUAGAGGGACAGGAUCCCCAGGCCUUGUACUGUGCUUUGCGGGAUCCCACCUUGGCCUUGAGAAACCUGCAGCGAGAGAAUGCAGACUGGUACUUGGAUCAGCUGAGUGCCGACCGGGAACAGAAAGCGCUGGGUGAGUUGGUCCAAGAGGAACUGUUUGUUGCUGUGGAGAUGUUGUCUGCAGUGGCCCUUGUCAACCAAGCCCUUGAACGUGGAGACACUGGCACCUUCUGGAAUGUUCUGGUCAGCUCCAGUUUAGGUCUGUCAGAGGUAGAAGAUAGCAAUGCACAGCGUUACUUUGAUGACUUAUUGAAACGGAAGUGCUGCUCUCAAGGUGGAAAGAAUGAGUUCCUGAGCUGGAACGACAUCCAGGCUUCCGUGAAUGACGUGAACGUCUCGGUCCAAGAGGAAAACAACAAAGUCCUCGCUGUCCGACUGAUCAACGAGGCACUGGACCAGGGGAGCCCGGAAAAGACACUCACUGCUCUGUUGCUGCCAUCUGCCGGCCUGUGCGACGUGAUGCUCCCAAAUGCUAGGCGGUACCGUGAUGUUCUGACCCGUGCACGGAAACAAAAAGCCCAGGCAAGCGGGGACGCUGGAGCCAUGCUGUGGUGGGAAGAGAUCCAGGAGGGGGUCUCCAAAGCCAACCAGGACUCGGAAGCGGCAAAGAGAAUGGCUCUGGGCAUCGCUGCUAUUAAUCAGGCCAUAAAAGAAGGAAACACAGCGCAAACAGUCAGGGUCCUGCGCAAUCCAGAUGUGUCUCUGUUUGGCGUGGUGAUGGAGUGUGCCGGCGCUUAUCAGGCACAGCUUGGUGCCAUUAUGGCUGCGAGGAAACCACCAGGGAAUGCAAAAGCCCCUUGGGUCCAACACAGACUGAAGGAUGGAGCAGAGUAUUACUUCAGCCUGCAGACGUUUGAAGGUGUGUGGGAUCAGCCACGUCCCUGUGUCCUUAAUACAACACAUCUCAGCCGGGAGGAAAUCCAGCUUGCAAUCACCAGAGCGACGGCUGCCCACGACCGGGAACGCCUCUGGAAAUCGAACGUCCGGUUGGUCACCCAGCUGCAGGCCCGCAUGAGGGGCUUCCUUGUCCGGCAGGACUUUGCCACUCGCUGGCGCCUUUUGUCAAAGCAGAUCCCGGCUGCUAUUAAAAUUCAGGCCUAUUGGCGUGGGUACCGACAGCGGAGGAGCUACCUGGAAAGACUGCAAUAUUUGAGGGAGAAUGUGGAUGCUGUAAUAAAGCUACAAGCUUGGGUACGGAUGAGGCGCCUGCGCAAAAGGUAUCUAGAACGGCUGCGGUACUUCAGGAAGAAUGUUAAAGCUAUUAUAAAAAUCCAGGCAUUUGUGCGAGCUAAUAAGGCUCGAGGGGAUUACAGGAUGCUGGUGUGCAGUCGGAACCCGCCUCUCAGCAUUGUCUGGCGCUUUGCCCACCUGCUGGAACGGAGCCAGCGUGACUACUGGGAGGAGAUGGAGCUGCUGGACCUCCAGGAGAGUGUGGUCAGGGGGAUCCGUUCCAACCAGCAGCUGGAGAGCGACCUCAAUCUCAUGGAUAUCAAGAUCGGGUUGCUGGUUAAGAACAGGAUCACCCUCCAGGAGGUGGUCUCUCACUGCAAGAAGCUGACCCGGAAAAACAAAGAGCAGCUCUCGGAGUUGAUGGGCCUCGACAAGCAAAAGGGGCUGAGGGCGCUCAGCAAGGAGAAGCGGGAGACCCUGGAGGCCUACCAGCACCUCUUCUACCAGUUGCAGACCCAGCCGCUGUAUUUGGCCAGGCUGAUCAUGCAGAUGCCCCAGAACAAGUCCACCAAGUUCAUGGAGUCGGUGGUCUUCACGCUCUUCAACUACGCCUCCAAUGCCAGAGAGGCCUACCUCUUGCUCCAGCUCUUCAGAAGCGCCUUGCAGGAGGAGAUCAAGUUGAAAGUCGAUCAAGUCCGUGACAUCCUAACGGGGAAUCCAACGGUGAUCCGCUUGGUGGUGAGCUUUUAUCGGAAUGCCCGCGGGCAGAACGCCUUGCGCCAGAUCCUGGGGGGGCCCGUCCAGGAGGUUCUGCAGAACAAAACUCUCAGCAUCCGCACCAGCCCCGUGGAGAUCUACAAAGGCUGGAUCAACCAAACGGAGUCUCAGACUGGGCAAAAAAGCAACCUCCCAUAUGAUGUUAGCCCUGAACAAGCCCUUAGCCACCCCGAGGUCCAGAGGAGGUUGGACAUCUCCGUCCGCAAUCUACUGGCAGUGACAGACAAGUUCCUCUCGGCCAUCAUGACUUCCGUGGAUAAAAUUCCUUAUGGGAUGCGCUACAUUGCCAAAGUCUUGAAAGUGUCUUUAAUGGAGAAGUUUCCAGAUGCUCCUGAGGAGGAUAUCUACAAGAUUGUGGGGAACCUGCUGUACUACCGUUUCAUGAACCCAGCAGUGGUCGCGCCGGAUGGUUUCGAUAUUGUCGACAUUUCGGCUGGGGUAGCCCUGCAUCCCGACCACAGGCGCAACUUGGGGUCCAUCGCCAAGAUCUUGCAACAUGCUGCUGCCAACCAGAUGUUUGAAGGGGAGAACAGCCAUCUCAGGGUGGUAAACCAGUACUUGGAGGAAACGCACCUUAAAUUCAGAAAAUUCAUCACCGCUGCUUGUUCAGUACCUGAACCAGAGGACAGGUUUAAUGUAGACAAGUACUCUGAUAUGGUGAUGAUCACCAAACCAGUGGUCUACAUCACAGCUGGGGAACUAAUUAAUACCCACAAGCUGUUACUGGAGCACCAGCAGUUCGUGGCUCCUGAUCCUAGGGACCCUUUACAUGAGCUUUUAGAAGACCUGGGAGAGUUGCCUACCAUCCAGUCCUUAAUAGGUGAAAGCGUGGGAAAUGGAGCUGAUGGAAACUCGGAACGCGCUCUGUCUCAUCUUGCCAAGACAGAGGUCUCACUUACCCUCACCAAUAAAUUUGAUGGGGCAGAGACCAACACUGAGGGAAAGGAUACCAAAAGCUUGUUGCUGAGCACCAAACAGAUGCUGGUGGACGUGAUCCAAUCUCAGCCUGGAGAUUCCCUUAUGGAGAUAUUACAGACCAAGGCAUCAGAGGAUCAGGAAGUCCUCCACCACCAUCUCAUGAAGAGGAGGGCCUUGUGCGACGCUCAGGCCCCAGACAAACUGAGGCGCAACCGCUCCUUGGCCGGCAACAGUCUCCUCUCGAUUGAGGAGAAGAAGAGGAAAGUCGUCAAGAAUCUGCGGCGCCUCGAAAGUCUGGGGGUGGUCGAUUCCGCCAACCAGUAUCAAGAGAUCAUCAGCGAGAUGGCCAAGGAUAUCCGCAACCAGCGGCAAUACCGGCAGCACCGUAAGGCAGAGCUGGCGAAGCUGCAACAGACCCUUCACGGCCUCCACUCCAAGAGGAUGUUCUAUGAGGAGCAGGUGGAUUACUACAAUCAGUACAUCCGGACCUGCCUGGACAACCUGGCUGCCAGAAACAAGUACGUUAGCCAAGUGCUGCUGGCCCUUUCUCAUAUGUCCAGGCAAGCGACACUCCAUUACACCGCGGCUCGCCUCUUUGAAAAGGGUGUUUUGCUGGAGAUUGAAGACCUCCCGGCCAGCCAGCUCAAAAACGUCAUUUUUGACAUCGUUCCCUGCGGAGAAGCUGGCCAGUUCCAAGUGAAGGCAAAGUUUAUGGGGGUCGACAUGGAGAAGUUUCAGCUUCAUUACCAGUACCUCCUCCAGCUCCAGUACGAGGGCGUGGCUGUCAUGAAAAUGUUCGACAAGGCCAGAAUUAAUGUCAACCUCUUGAUCUUCCUCCUCAAUAAGAAGUUCUUCAAGAAAUAG